AUGUUAGAUGCAAUUAAAGCUUUAGGUCUUCAAAUUGAUGAUGUGAGAGGCCAAGGUUAUGAUAAUGGUUCUAAUAUGAAAGGAAAGCAUCAAGGUGUUCAAAAACGAUUACUUGAAGUAAAUCCAAGAGCAUUGUAUAUGCCAUGUGCUUGUCAUAGUCUUAAUCUUACUGUUAGUGAUAUGGCACAUUCUUGUGUUAAAGCAAUUUCAUUUUUUGGAGUUAUGCAACGUCUAUAUGCUUUAUUUUCAAGUUCUCCUAAAAGGUGGAAAAUUUUACUUGAUAAUGUUCCAAGCUUGACUGUGAAAUAUUUGUCAAAUACUCGUUGGGAGAGUAGAAUAAAAAGUGUCAAAGCAAUUAGAUUUCAAGCUCCUGAAAUAAGGUUGGCUUUGUUAGAAUUAUCUAAUUCUUGUGAUGAUGCCAAAUCAAAAAGUGAAGCGGACAGCUUGGUGAGUGCACUUGAGAAUUUUGAAUUUUUACUUGGAAUUGUUAUUUGGCAUGACAUUUUAUUUGCUAUUCAUAUGGUAAGUAAAAAGUUGCAAUCAAAAUCUAUGUGCAUUGAAACUACCAUGAAUCAAAUAGAAGGUGUGAUAAAUUUUUUUGAGAAAUAUAGAAAUGAAGGGUUUGCUUCUAGUAUGAAUAUUGCCAAAAACAUUGCAAAUACAUUAAUGCCAGCAAUUGAGAUUCUUGAGUUUGUCAAAGUUGCUGAUUGCUUCCCAAUGGUUUCUAUUGCUUAUCGACUAUUAUUGACGAUACCCGUGACUGUAGCAUCAGCGGAGAGAAGUUUUUCAAAAUUGAAGUUAUUGAAAACUUAUUUGAGAUCUUCAAUGUCACAAGAAAGAUUGAAUGGUUUGGCCAUUUUGUGUAUUGAGAAGGAUAUUGUGGACGAAGCUAGGUUUCAGAGCUUGAAGAACUCGUCAAUGGCGGACAGGUUGAAUGAUCAUCAUUCUGAAUCCAAACACGAGCACGCUGUUGACGAUCCAGAGGCGGUUGCAUCAAUGGUUGAGACGUGA